AUGGCGGACCGCAAGGGCAAACAAGAUGGCUCGCAGCAGAACAACCUCGCGCAAUUCAAGUAUGCGGCUAUGUCCAAUUUAGUCCUGCAAGCGGACCGCAGAUUCACUAGCCGCCGCGGAGAUGAGGCUACCGGAGACCCAGAAUCGCUAGCAGGGCGCAUUAAUAUCAAAGAUAUGGGAGGAAGGGGGGCACGCGACAAUGCGCCCGUUCAAAAGAAGAAGCCGAAAAGCAACUUCGAGGUCGAGCGCGGGGGUAUUACUGAAGGCGGUGACGUUCUGGAGCGAGAACAGCGGAAGCGGAAGAGAGAUGCUACAGGCGGUUUUGGUGCCGGGAAUGUCGCUGAACAGAACCUUGAUAUUGAGGACCUCAGAUAUAAGCCGCGGACGCAGGCAACGCGCGCGACAUUCGAGCUGAUCACGACCAUCGUGAGCAAACACCUUGGAGACGUGCCAACACAUUUCACAAGAAGUGCUGCUGAUGCGGUACUUGAAUUCCUGAAAGACGAGAACAUGAAGGACUUCGACAAGAAGAAGGAGGUUGAUGAUUUGCUAGGGUCUUCUAUGGGUCCAAAGGAAUUCAAUGAACUGGUCAACCUUGGCAAGAAGAUCACGGACUACGAUGCGCAAGAUGAAGAUGAGGAGAUGGGAGAAGACGGCGCGGGUGGCGACAAUCCUGACAACGACGAGACCCAAGGUGUUGCGGUCGUUUUCGACGAAGACGAGGACGACGAAGACGGUCCGCAAACCUUCGAAGUACGUGACGAAGACACCAGUGACGAGGAGGAUGAGGAGGAAAAGCCGAUCGAAGAGUUGGGUGGCGAGGGAGCUGAAGCUGAUGGCGCACUUGCUGGCGAGGAAGAGAUGAUCAUCCAGGCUGAUGCGGCUGGAACCGACAAUAAAGCAGAUGGAGAGCGGAUAAUACCAGCUCAUGAGAUUGACGCCUAUUGGUUACAACGCCAGAUCGGUCAAGUCUACGAAGACGCACAUACGCAGCAAGAAAAGACACAGGAUGCUCUCAAUAUUCUCUCUGGAAUAUCGGAGGAUGGCGAGGAGAAGCCACUGCGUGAGAUUGAGAACGACCUCAUGGAGCUCUUUGAUUAUGAACACCAUGAGCUGGUCGCGAAGCUUGUACUCAAUCGGGACAGAGUAGUGUGGGUUACGCGGUGGCGCCGCGCUGCUGAAGACAACGAUGAGCGAGGUGAUGUGGAGAGGGAAAUGAAGGCUGCAGGUCAGCAACAGAUCCUCUUGGAGUUGCGCGCUCGCGAAACUGGUAAAAGCGACGCAUCGGGACCGAAGAAGAUGAAAUUUGAUCUGAAAGACAUCAAUCUGCCAGAUGCGUCAAAGGAUGUCGACAUGGAGGACGCCACAAGACCGGAAGGUGUUGUAGGUGGGUUGCAACCAUCUAGCCGACUGGUCAAUCUGGACAACAUCGUUUUCGACCAAGGCAAUCAUCUCAUGACGAAUCCAAGCGUUAAAUUGCCUCAGGGCUCGACACGACGUCAAUUCAAGGGUUACGAGGAGAUUCAUGUCCCGCCACCAAAGGCAAAACGCGACCCUAACGAGCCGGCACUCAUGCCAACAUCUGCUCUACCUGAUUGGGCACGCGUCGGAUUUGGAAGCUCGAAAUCGCUGAAUCGCAUUCAGACUAAGUGCUACCCCACCGCAUUCGAGGACGACGGCAACAUGCUCAUCUGCGCUCCCACCGGAUCCGGUAAAACUAACGUGGCAAUGUUGACAAUGCUCCGCGAGAUUGGCAAACACCGUGAUCCUCGCACAGGGGAGAUCAUGCUCGACGACUUCAAGAUCAUCUACAUUGCGCCCCUCAAGGCCCUUGUACAAGAACAAGUUGGCAAUUUCGGCAAGCGCCUAGAACCUUACGGCAUCCGCGUCUCCGAAUUAACGGGUGAUCGCCAACUCACGAAGCAGCAAAUCGCCGAGACGCAGGUCAUCGUGACUACUCCCGAGAAGUACGAUGUCAUCACUCGUAAAGCCACAGACACAAGCUACAUCAACCUAGUGCGAUUAAUCUGUAUCGACGAAAUCCAUCUUCUCCACGAUGACCGCGGUCCGGUCAUCGAGAGCAUCGUCAGCAGGACAAUACGGCGAACCGAGCAGACCGGCGAUCCUGUGCGCAUUGUUGGUCUGAGUGCUACGCUACCGAAUUACAAAGAUGUAGCCAGCUUCCUCCGCGUAGAUGCCGACAAGGGUCUCUUCCAUUUCGAUGCCACGUUCCGGCCUUGUCCCCUGAAGCAAGAGUUCAUCGGUGUCACGGACAAGAAGGCAAUUAAGCAGCUGAAGACCAUGAACGACGUCUGCUACACGAAGACCCUGGAACAGGUUGGUGAACAUCGCAACCAAAUGCUCAUCUUCGUACACUCUCGAAAGGAGACCGCAAAAACAGCCAAAUACAUCCGCGACAAGGCUCUUGAACUGGAGACGAUCGGAAAAAUCUUGCGAUCUGACAAUGCAACCAGGGAAAUCUUGCGAACAGAAUCCGAGUCGGUAACAAAUGCCGAUCUGAAGGAUGUCAUGCCAUACGGAUUAGGUAUCCAUCAUGCUGGUAUGUCGCGUGAAGACAGGACGACUGUAGAAGAUCUCUUUUCCGACGGAGCUAUUCAGGUCCUUGUCUGCACAGCAACACUCGCCUGGGGUGUCAAUCUUCCGGCUCAUACCGUCAUCAUCAAGGGCACGCAGGUGUACUCUCCUGAGAAGGGUAGCUGGGUUGAACUAAGCCCGCAAGACGUCUUACAGAUGCUUGGUCGUGCUGGCCGUCCUCAAUUCGACACUUACGGUGAGGGCAUCAUUAUCACGACCCAGACAGAGAUCCAGUAUUACCUUUCGCUGCUGAACCAGCAGUUGCCGAUUGAAUCACAACUCAUCAGCAAACUUGCGGAUAACCUCAACGCAGAAAUUGUGCUGGGCAAUGUUCGCACUCGCGACGAGGGAGUUGACUGGCUCGGAUAUACUUACCUCUUUGUGCGAAUGCUCCGAUCUCCAGGCCUUUACCGCGUUGGCCCAGAAUACGAACAUGACACUGUGCUGGAACAGCGGAGAGUAGACCUUGUACACGCAGCUGCUCAUGUCCUGGAGAAGGGCAACCUCAUCAAGUAUGACAGGAAGUCGGGGACACUCCAACCUACCGAAUUGGGUAGAAUUGCUUCCCAUUACUACAUCAGCCAUAAUUCCAUGGCUACCUACAACAUGCACAUUCAACCUGGAAUCACCGCCAUCGAGCUGUUCCGCAUCUUUGCCCUUAGCGAGGAGUUCAAGUAUAUCCCAGUUCGACAAGACGAGAAACUUGAGCUUGCGAAACUUCUUGGUAGGGUCCCUAUCCCUGUCAAGGAAGGUGUUGAAGAGCCUCAAGCAAAGAUCAAUGUCCUUCUGCAAGCCUACAUAUCCCGCCUCAAGCUGGAAGGUUUGGCGCUAAUGGCUGAUCUGGUGUAUGUAACCCAAUCGGCUGGACGUAUCUUGCGUGCUAUCUUUGAGAUCUGCCUAAAGAAAGGCUGGUCACAGGUGGCUAAGCUUGCACUUGACCUCUGCAAGAUGGCUGAGAAGCGGAUGUGGCCUACAAUGACGCCCCUGCGACAGUUCCCGGCUUGUCCUAGAGAGGUCAUCGGCAAGGCAGAGCGAAUCGAUGUUCCAUGGUCAAACUACUUCGGUCUCGAUCCUCCAAACAUGGGCGAGCUUCUUGGAAUGCCCAAGGCUGGUAAGAUCGUCUGUAAUCUUGUGAACAAGUUUCCUCGUCUUGAAUUGGAGGCAACACCCCGACCGGUCACACGAUCGAUGCUGCGACUGGAGCUUACUAUACGUCCGACAUUUGAGUGGGACGCACAACUCCAUGGCACUUCUGAAGCCUUCUGGAUAUUGGUGGAAGACUGCGACGGUGAACAAAUCCUGUUCCACGACACCUUCAUCCUGCGGAAAGACUACGCCGAAGGGGAGGUCAAUGAGCAUCUGGUUGAGUUGAAUGUGCCUAUCGACGACCCGAUGCCGCCAAAUUACUUUGUCACAGUAUUGUCCGACCGCUGGAUGGGCUCUGAGACGAAAUUAGCUGUUUCUUUCCAGAAGCUUAUCCUUCCGGGCAAGUUCCCUCCUCACACUCCGGUGCUCGAUCUACAACCCUUGCCUGUGUCUGCGCUCAAGAAGAAGGAAUACAUGGCACUCUACGAGGACAUCGGUCGCUUCAACAAGGUACAGACGCAAGUCUUCAACUCCCUAUACACCACCGACGACAACGUUUUAGUCGGUGCCGCAGCAGGUAUCGGCAAGACGCUAUGUGCCGAGUUCUCAAUUUUGCGCCAUUGGUCAGGCGACAGCGAGGGUCGCAUUGUCUACUUAGCGCCCUUCCAGGAACUAGUUGACAACCAGUUCAAGAACUGGAACAGCCGCUUGUCAAGCCUGGGUGGUGGGAAGGAUGUCGUCAAACUCACUGGCGAGACAACUGCGGACUUGCGAUUGCUCGAGAAGGGAGACCUCAUCCUUGCUACCCCGUCUCAAUGGGACUCGAUUUCUCGUCAGUGGCAACGUCGCAAGAAUGUUCAGUCUGUUGCCCUACUCAUCGCCGAUGACCUCCACAUGCUUGGAGGUUCAGGCGGCUAUGUGUACGAGGUCGUGGUCUCUCGCAUGCAGGCCAUGGCGGCCCAGCUCGAGUCCGGCAUGCGCAUCGUCGGCUUGAGUGUCUCAUUGUCCAAUGCACGAGAUGUUGGAGAAUGGAUCGGCGCCAACAAGAACACGAUCUACAACUUCAGUCCGGGCGUACGAGCGGUUCCUUUAGAGCUGAAGAUCCAAUCAUUCACCAUUCCGCACUUCCCUUCGCUUAUGUUGGCAAUGGCGAAGCCGACCUACAAGGCCAUCACGCAACUCUCCCCCGACAAGCCUGCUAUGGUGUUCGUUCCUAGCCGAAAGCAGACUCGCUCAACAGCUGUGGACCUGCUUGCAGCUUGCGUUGCCGACGACGAUGAGGAUCGGUUCUUGAAUGUUGCAGUGGAUGAGAUCGAGCCUAUCCUCGCGAAGGUCAAUGAACGAGCUCUAGCUGAGUCGCUUGCUCACGGCAUUGGUUACUAUCACGAAGCCCUCAACUCCUUCGACAAAAAAGCCGUUCAGCACCUGUACAAGGUAGGCGCCAUCCAGGUCCUUAUCGUAUCGAGAGACUCUUGCUGGGAGAUUGAUGCCACUGCUCACCUUGUUGUCGUCAUGAACACCCAGUUCUUCGAAGGGCGCGAACACCGCUACAUCGACUACCCUAUCAGCGAGCUGCUUCAGAUGUUCGGUAAAGCUGGCAAGGUUGGUCAAGACAAGUCGGCGAAGGGUGUGCUGAUGGUGCCUGCUGUCAAGCGCGACUACUACAAGAAGUUCUUGAACGAGGCACUGCCCGUGGAAAGCUACUUGCACGACUACCUGCACGAUGCCUUUGUCGCUGAGAUCAGCGCAAAGACCAUCGAGUCUACUCAGGAAGCCGUCGACUGGUCGACAUACACGUACUUCUACCGCCGACUGUUGUCAAAUCCGAGCUACUACAAUCUGCAUGAUACCUCACACGAAGGUCUCAGCGCGCAUCUGUCAGAAUUAGUGGAACAAACGCUCAAGGAAUUGGUCGAGGCCCAGCUCAUUGAACACGACGAGGAGGAAGACGCCAUUACACCUCUCAACCCGUGCAUGAUUGCAGCAUACUACAACAUCUCGUUCAUCACUAUGCAGACGCUCAUGAUGUCGCUCAAUGGCAAGUCCAGCCUCAAGGGCGUCCUAGAGAUCAUCACUGCGGCCACCGAAUUUGAGGAUGUCCAAAUCCGACGUCACGAGGAGCACAUCCUCAGCCGGAUCUACGAUCGCGUGCCCUACAAGAUGCAGGAGGUCAACUUCGAGACACCACACUUCAAAGCAUUUGUGCUACUACAAGCACACUUCUCGCGGAUGCAGCUCCCUAUCGACCUUGCCAAGGACCAAGAAGCGGUCGUCAAGAAGGUGCUCAAUAUCCUCAGCGCCAGUGUCGAUGUACUCUCAUCAGAAGCGCACCUCAACGCCCUUAGCGCAAUGGAACUCUCCCAAAUGGUCGUACAAGCCAUGUGGCAGAAAGACUCUCCACUCAAGCAAAUCCCCCACUUCGACGCCGACACCAUCAAGGCGGCCCAAAAGUUCGGUAUCAACGACGUUGACGGCUUCAUCGACGCCAUGGACCCAGACGAGAACCCAGAUUACAAGAAACUCAUCAAAGCCCUGGACCUUGACGGCCGGCAGCUUCAAGAAGCCGCCACCUUCACCAACGAGUACUACCCCAACCUCGAGCUGGAACACGAGCUUGUCGACCCCGAAGACAUCGCUACAAACUCGCCCGCGCACAUCAAGGUCCGCGUCACUCGCAGUAAUCUAGAAGACGACGAGCAGCCAAAGACGGACGUGCAUGCGCCAUUCUAUCCUGCCGAGAAGACGGAGAGCUACUGGCUUGUGGUGGGCGAUCAGCAGGAGCAUACAUUGCUUGCGAUUAAGAAGGUUACCAUUGGGAGGAAACUGGAAACUAUGUUGGAGUUCACGCUUGAAAAGCCGGGUGAACAUGAGUUGACGUUGUUUUUGGUCAGCGAUAGUUAUCUAGGUGUUGAUCAGGCACCGACGUUUACGCUUACUGCGGCAGAGGGCAUGGAGGAGGAUGACGAAGAGGAUGAAGAUGAGGAGUAA